AUGAGUGUGGAGGAGGUGGAUUCGUUAGAUGCGUACAUGGCGUCCCUGGAGCUGCCAUCGGGCAACCACUCGAUGGCUCAAGAAAGGGCCGAGCGCAACAUUAUCCACUCUGCUAUUCGCAAAGGACACACUGCGCUUGUUAAGAACCGCCGCUAUCGUCGACUACGGCAGCUUUUGGAAGCCUCUUCAGAUGAGGACCAUUAUUUCUCGGAUGGUAUGAUGCAACAGCGUAGUCCGGCGCUGUUCCACUUCUACUUGGGGCAGUAUCUGGGUCUUAACAAGAGUGCACCUCCUUCAAAGGUCAGUGAAGUACAAACCUUGUCGUCCUUCCUGAUGGACACUUGCCAGCGCAGCGAGAUGGAGACUCGACGGAUGGCCGAGCAAGAAACGUGGGGAAAAUUCUCAUCUGCGGACGAAAAGCAGGAGCAGAGUCGACUGGAGAGGUUGUAUGGAAAAGAUAAUACCGAAGAGGAAGAAGAAGAAGAAGAGGAGGAGGAGGAAGAGGAACCGACGCUGUAUUCUAUCGACGAACGACGUGAACAACUCAUAGAAAUCAUGAGCUCUAGAUUUCUCAACGGGGAAGAUGGCGCGUACGUGGAUUAUGCGGAGAUUGACGCUGACGAGGCUCUGGAUGAUUUUGAUGAGAUGCAACGCGAUGCGGAAGAUCGCUAUUUUGCAGAAUCUGAGGUAAACCCGGUCAAUUAA